UGGAUCUUUGGCUACGGCUCGCUCUGCUGGCGGCCCGACUUCCCGCAUGAGGAGACGCUCGUCGGCCGUUGCUCCGGCUGGGGCCGCUACUUUGCGCAGCGCUCGUGCGACCACCGCGGCACGCCCUCCAGCCCCGGCCUCGUUGCGACGAUGAUCUCCGACGCCCAGCUGGAGGCCAAGGGCCUGCGCGAGCCGGGCGAGCCGCCAUCGACGACGUGCGGCCUGUGCUACCGCGUCGGGGCGGACGACGUGCCGCGCGUGCUGGCCAACCUCGACUUUCGGGAGAAGGGCGGCUACACGCGCGAGGUGGUGCAGGUGCAGCCUGCACGGCCGGGCGCGCCGCCGGUGCGCGCGCUCGUGUACUCUGCGACGUGCGACAACCCGCUCUUCUCCCCGGUGAUGCUGGCCGACCCGGCUGCCGCCGCGCUAACCAUUGCGAGCGCGCACGGCCCGAGCGGCGCGAACCGAGACUACCUCGAGUCGCUCGCGGCGUGGCUGCGCGAGGUGGGGGAGGAGGACGCCCACGUCGCCGCGCUGAUGCGGCUGCUA